GCAGCCAUUACGGUUUGAAGGUAGAAGUUGUCAAAAGUUGCCUGUUUACAAACAAAAAGUUGUUGGUUUAACGAUGAUGCUGUGACUGAAAACUGUGUUGUGUGGUGCUUUCCGACUAAUCAAUUACUUAUGUUAAUUUGAAUGUGUUAGGAAAAAAAAUUGUUGUGAAUUCAAAGGACUUUGAGUUUUGACAAGGACAAUAGGACGCUACAAGAACAAGUUAAAUUUGGACGUUUGUAGUGUUCUUCAGAAGCAGCACACGAGAUGCUGUGAUUCUGAAGUGCACUAAAUAGUGAAGCACUUCUACAAGUAUUAAUUCUGUGGACUUCUGGGAAACCGACCUUUGAUUUGCAUUCUGCGUACUUCACUGUUGAAAAGGACAGAACAGAUAAUCAAGAGGGAAGUGCUGGAACGUAGACAGUUUCGCUCCAUUGUAAUGUGCCCAUUGGAAGAAUCGUACGGAAAAUCGAAAAUAGUGAAUCUGAUGAUUGCUUCCCAUGUACCAUUUCAUUCAAGACGAAAAGGAUACUUCAGAAAUUCAAGUAGAAUGUUUAUAAACUCUUAUUUGUUCCGAAGUCAACCUAGCCAAGGGCAUUGUUGCUGAAGUGUAUUCAGAUACUGAGUUUUUUUAAUUUUUGAGUACAAACUUGCUUGUAGUAACAAAAUCAGAAUACAUAUUUGAAUGUAUUUAGCGUGUUGAUUUUGAUCAACAUCAGGAGAGAAUUCAGUUUCACUGUACACUGGUCAACAAUACUAACGAGGAUGAAGCUGUUAGAAAGCACACGUUUCGAGGCAAUCAAUAGUGCACUCUGCAUUGAAACUGGAGAUAGUAAGAUUCUUGGAAGGAUUGAAAGUUAUUCCUGCAAAAUGGCGGGAAAUGCAAAACAAUUGUACAAAAGGUACAGAGCAGAAACAGGAGCACCAACUGAUCUGCAGGCAUUGUCUCCACCGCAAACAUCAUUGGGAAUUUCUCCAGGACAGUGCCAGUACAGCCGCAGCAUAAGUGGUGAUGAAGAUGGCCCAUUGUGUGACACGAUUAGCAGAAAAACUUUAUUUUAUCUAAUAGCAACCUUGAAUGCAGCAUUUUAUCCAGAUUAUGACUUUUCUGAUGCAAAAAGUCAUGAAUUUAGUAAGGAGCCAAGUCUGCAGUGGGUGAUGAACACAGUUGACAGCAAUCUAAAUGCAACAGCUGGUGAACAGUAUCGUACAUUGCGAGCUCAGCUGUGGGCUGCUGUUGAUGAUGAGAUAUCAUUGAAUGAGUGUGACAUUUACAGCUAUAACCCAGAUUUGGCUUCAGAUCCUUUUGGGGAGGAUGGUUGUUUGUGGUCAUUCAAUUAUUUCUUCUAUAACAAGAAGCUGAAACGUAUAGUGUUCUUCACAUGCAGAGCUAUUAAUCCAAUUUAUUCACUGGAUUCUGGCUUCGGCAGUGAUUUUGCUAUGGACGAGGAGGAUGAGAUUGACUAAAUUUCAAAUAAGGAUAAACAACUAAUGCUGCUCUUCAGUGUUGACAUCAGAGGACACUUUAGAAGAAGAGACAGAAGCUUUUUGGCAGUAAAAUAAUAAAUUUCAACUUUUGUGAAUUGUCAGAGCGGCUAUCCUGUUGUUUAGCAUAUUACAGAAACAUAGCUUACAAUUUUUGAACUAAUUUUAAUGUAAAUUUCAUGUUGUGAAUGCUGAAUAGUUUAAUUUUUAUGGUUAUUCUGAUGCAGGAAACUUUGACUUUCUGAGUCAUUUUAAUGCUAGACAAUACAGUACUAGUAGAUGUAAUCUGUAACUUGCACAAGAGUUUAACUGAUAACCUAGGGAAAGAUUCGGUAUUUGCAUUUAUACUGAAUGACAAAAGCUUUAAAGAAUUUGUGUGGAGUAUAAGACUUAAUUUCUUCAUUCAUGUGUUUGUUAUAUGUACUUGCUGUAAAAAUAUGUUAUUAAUUUGAGUGUUCCAUAGCUGCAUGUACAGUACCAGAAUUUAUAGUUCAACAUUUACUUGUACUGCAACACAUCUCUGUAUAAGGUUGUCUUACCUGUAUCUCAUGUCUUUUUUCCUGUUUUAUGCUAAACAACAUGUUCGGAUAUAUCAGAAUUUACAACAUAACAGCACAUGUUAAUAAGUAAAACACUGUUCUUUUGCUUUGAAAAACUCAAGUAACUUUUUUUAAUUGUAGUAAGUGUUCUUGGUCUUUGUCUUUAGUACAUACACUCUAAUAAUAAUUUCUACGUUUGUCAAUGGCAGACUUGGUAAUUUGUGAUCUUGCUACUUGUUACAUGUAGCCUGCUGUGCUGUAUGUAUCCGAGUUAUACAUGGAUCUUUGAACACAACGUUGAAAACAGAUACAUUUGGCAUUGCUGAAGCAGAAGUGAAAGAUACAACAAAAAAAUUUUUUUUCAGCUGCAACAGUGUGUGAAAAGUUGAUUUAUUAUUUCAUUAUAGUAUGUUCUGUUUGUAUGUAGGUUAUAGAUAUGUUUUCUUAUUGACCCAGAUGAAAGCAGCAGACUUAUGCUUUCCCAAUUUGUCAAGUAUUUGUCAGAAUGUAAUUUGAACGUAGUAGAUAGGAACAUUUUCUUGAUUUAGUAACAUGACUACAUAUUGUGUGAAGUCAUGUAUUUAUCACAGUUUUCAACAACAAAAGUGCUUUUUAUGCGAUUGUGUCAACCUUUUUUGUUCUAAAGAGGCUAUGUAAGAAAAUCCUUUAUUGUAAAGAAUAGUAGUGCCUUUGAUGAUAGCAAAAUAAUACUUUAUUAGUAGGCUGCUAUAAUGUUACAUUCAUGAAGAUAAAUGGGAGUUCACUGUUCAUAUUUGAAGAAACCAUAGCCACCCCAUUACUUGACCAUGGUGACAUGCUUUCUUGCUUUGUGUCUAUAAUCCUCUCUGGACUGAGUUACUUUUGUGGAAACUUGAUGGGAUUGUAUCAAUAAUUUAAGGCUCUAGCUGGGCUGGCUUUCAUUUAUGUUGGUAAUGAACUGGCUCAUUUAUAUGUCAUUAUUGUUGUUUUUGUGUCUUCUUAUGUCAGUCUUUAUUUAAGGGACAAACAAUAUAAUCUCCAUAAAAUAAGUAUAUUGUACUUAUUCUCGCACUUAGGUGUGUGUUAAAAUAGUGCUAUUGCCAGUAUUAGGUAUAGAGUUCACAGUACUGCAACAAACUUCACUAUCUGUCCUCUAUUAUUGCUGUGUCCUUUUACUAUUAAUAAUACAUAGAAAACUGACCACCAGUAUUUUAUUAACACUUUCAUUAUGAGAACUGUGUAGUAGUUAUCGUCACCAUAUGAUCUGCUGCAAGGUAUAGCUUUAGAUCAGACAUAAUUUCAUCUGUUGUAUGGUAAGGUAGGUUAUGUAUUCUGUGUUUGGUGUAGAAGUCGCUCAAUCCUUUGCUAAGAAAAUUUUGUAGAUUGUAUGAUAUGAAUAUACUUUAGUCAGUAUCACUUAUCUCACAAAAACACAACAUUUUUGUGUACUUUCUGAGUCUGACUCACAUUGUUAAUAAGUGCAUAAAAUGCUUAUGGUAAAUCUCCAGUGAAAUUUACACUGACAUAAGGUUUAUAAAUGAAGACUUUGUUAACGUAGUUCAGUAGCAUGAUAAGCAAAUGUUUUAUUAUUAUUUGGUUAGAAAUGUGUACAUAAUGUAGAUAAAUUCGUUACUUACAUUAAUAUAUGAUGCACAUGAUUAAUAUAUGAUGGUAAUUUUGAUAAUUAUCUUCCAAAAAAAGUUAGUACAAAUACAAUUGCACUGAUGUCUACUUUUGCGAAUAGUAUUGUUAUCUAAUUUAAUUUAUAUGUACCACCGUAUUUUUUAAAAU